AAAAAAAAAAAAAAAAGAGCAAAAACUAUGAAAUCCGCAUUUCGCACCGGAUGCUUGACGAUUUCUCGUUCCUUAAACCCUAAUCCUCCGUCGCUCUCCGCCCUGCACGGCCUCCGCUCCGCCGCCGUCGCUCCUUCGCCGCGCUCUCUCCGGGCGCCGCCGUUCCGCGCCCCCUCGCCGGCGACGCGCUGCUGCUGCUCCUCCUCCUCCUCCUCCGCGAUGUCCGGCGGCGAGGCUCCCGCUCUCCCUCUGGAGAAGCAGUUCGAGGACUUCCGCGCCCAGCUGGAGGACUCCGUGGUCUUGCGCGAGCGCAUUAGGGCGGUGGUCUUGGAGAUCGAGUCCACCGCCAGGCUCAUGUACUCGAGCUUGCUCCUGGUUUACCUGUCUCGGCCGCUUCCUGAGGUUCUGGACAAAUCUAAGGCUCACAUUGGCACCCUGAAGGAUAACUACAGUCGGCUAGCUGAUAUUUUAAGUGAAUGCCCUGAUCAGUAUUAUAGGUAUCAUGGUGAUUGGAGAAGUGAAACACAGACUGCAGUUUCCCUUCUCGCUUUCACGCACUAUUUGGAGACUGGAAAUCUGCUGCUUCACAAUGAGGCUGGGGAAAGACUUGGAUUGAACAAUUCCCAGUUUGGCCUUGACCUUGAAGACUAUCUUGUUGGAGUUUUAUUCAUGUCUAAUGAGUUGCCAAGGUAUGUGGUGAACCAAGUGACAGCUGGGGACUAUGACUGCCCAAGAAAGGUCUUGAAGUUCUUAACGGAACUUAAUGCAGCUUUUCGUAUGCUUAAUUUGAGGAAUGAUUUCUUGCGCAAGAAAUUUGACGGGUUGAAGUAUGAUCUCCGAAGAGUUGAAGAAGUUUAUUAUGAUGUGAAAAUCCGAGGAUUGGCAUCUGAUGAGGACUCAACAGGUGACCAGAGGUCCAAGGAGAAUAAUGACUCAGAAGUUGUACAUUGACCUCCAUUCCAAUUGUUAACGUGUAUCAGUAGGUUCUUCUAUGAGAUGAUGUAGGCCCUCGAGUUGACACUUAAUGUAGGCAAGGGGCAGGCGGGGACUUGCUGUUUUUACCUUUUUCCAUCUUCCAUUGUAGAUUUCAGCAGAAGAGGAGCAUUGGCUUAGCAUCUUGUCUGAAUUCCCCUUGCACUGUUUAAGGAGUCUUUUCCCUGUUCGGGGAUGGAAAACUUUGUUUGGAUCUGUAUCCCUGGGAGUUUUUACUAAUAUAUGCCUGAGCUCUUCCACAAG